GCCUCGCGCUCGGUACCGACAAGACGAACCGAUGUAAAAGUCCGAGGCCUGGGCAGUCUGGGGCCGCUCUGGGCACUGCCGAAGGGCCCCGUGAUUUGUGUCCGGUGAGCCGAGGCAUCUUGCGCCGUGCAGCAACCCCAGCCUCGUUAAAGCUCUCCGCUUUCCGCCUCUGUAUCAUCGUCUCAACGUCUCUUUUCGCUGCUCAGCGGUAUCUCUUCUUCUUAAAUCUGAUCAAUUCUUUGCUGCACCACUCCACACAAUACCGCCAUCAUGACAGAACGCCUCAAGUCCAUCGUUGCGCAGAUCUCGCCCUCGACCAGCGGCCUGUCCGCAAUCACGACCAAGAAUCCCGACGAUGUAGUCAUCACCCUCGCUAUCCGCACUCCCCUCACAAAAGCCCACAAGGGUGGCUUCAAGGACACAACACUUGAUGGCCUGCUCGUCAAGACGCUGAAGCAGGUCAUCGCACAGUCGAAGCUCGACCCCGCCGUUGUCGAUGACAUCUGCUGCGGUAAUGUCUCGGACGCAAAGGCCGCCUACUACGUCCGCGCCGCCAUGCUCGCCGCCGGGUUCCCUAAUACCACCUCCGGCUCCUCGCUCAACCGCUUCUGCUCCUCGGGCCUCAAGGCCGUUCAGGACAUCGCCAACCAGAUCGCCGUCGGCGCCAUCGAGUGCGGUCUCGCCAUUGGCGCCGAGAGCAUGACACAAGGCGGCGACCGCCUCGAGCGCCCCUUCGUCGACGAGAUCCUCGCGAACCCCGAGGCCGCCGACUGCAUGAUGCCUAUGGGCCAUACCUCCGAGAACGUUGGCAAGGACUUUAAUAUCUCGCGCGAGCGCCAGGACAGAUUCGCCGCCGAGUCAUACCGCCGCGCCGAAGCUGCGCAGAAGGCCGGCUGGUUCGACGACGAGAUCGUCCCCAUCAAGACCACCAUCAAGGACCCUAAGACUGGCGAGACCAAGGAGGUCACACUCACAAAGGAUGAGGGCAUCCGCGCAGGCACCACCUUUGAGUCCCUCCAGAAAGUCAAGCCCGCCUUCCUGCCCCACGGCGACAGGAGCCACGCCGGUAACUCGUCGCAGCUGACUGACGGCGCUGCCGCGGUGCUCCUGAUGAAGCGCUCCAAGGCCGAGGCCCUCGGCCAGCCCAUCCUGGCCAAAUACGUUGGCGCCACCGUCGCCGGCCUGCCGCCGAGGAUCAUGGGCAUCGGCCCCUCCGUCGCGAUCCCCAAGCUGCUGAGCCAGUUCAAGCUCACUCUCGACGACGUCGACCUCAUCGAGAUCAACGAGGCGUUUGCGUCCAUGGCCGUGUACUGCCUGGAGACGCUGAAGAUCGACCACAGCAAGCUCAACGUCAGGGGCGGUGCUAUCGCGCUGGGUCACCCACUGGCGUGCACGGGUGCCCGCCAGAUUGUCACAGGACUGAGCGAGUGCAGGAGGCAGAAGAAAAAGGUGCUUUUGACUAGUAUGUGCAUUGGUACUGGUAUGGGCAUGGCUGGUCUGUUUGUCAACGAGCAGUUAUAGGUUGUUGAGUGCGUAUUAUGUUAGCGUGGCAAAGCAAAAAUGUGUCACAUCAAUCCUACCUGCGAUUUGUUUGGCUCAGUUCUGGUCACGUGCAUUGUCCACGACUGUCUACCAAACUCAUAACCCC